GGACAUGGCGGCGGCUGCUGCCGUCACCGCCACCGGGAGGAGAGCGCUCUGCACCCGGGAGCUGAGCCGGAGGAACCGGGAGCACUCCCGCCGGAGACAGGCGGCCCUCCUGUUCCUCAGCAACAUCUCUCUGGACGGACGCCCGGUCCUCAGCCUCCCGCUGGAGAAUGGGGGCAGCCGCCACAGGGAGACCGAGCUGGAGGCAGCAGAGUCCGGCUGUGCGGCGGCGGCGGCCGGGCUGUGUCCGGAGGCGGGGACCGGGACCAGCUACCGACCGGUCCCCGGCUUAUUAGCGUCCGUGAGCUGCGGCAGCGUCGACCCGACCCCGAGGACGGGGCUCCCCGUCCUGCCUAUCCUCGUCCUGCCGUCCGACCCCGGGUUGAACGACGAGGGGAGCGCGGAGCUGCUGCUGGACGGCCGCCGAGGCUCCUUCCCUUCCCCGGGGAACCGCAACCUGCUCUCCCCGUCCCCGUCCAACGUCAGCCUGCUCCCAUCGCCGCUGGGACCGCGGAAGUCCUCCACCCUGCUGUCGGUCCAGAGCUGUAACUCGGUGUCCUCGGAGCCGAGACAGAGGACUCGUAAUUUCUCUGGUGGUUCUCCCAGACCUCGACAGACCAAGAAGAUCCACUUCGUCAAAAACAUGAAACAGUACGACACGAGAGGCAGCAGGAUCGUGCUGAUCUGUGCUAAGAGGUCUCUGUGCGCUGCCUUCUCUGUCCUUCCCUACGGAGAGAGCUUCUACCUCAGUGACCCGACAUUAAACCACCCGAGGAGGAGACACUCAUCUGGAAACAUCUCUAACACCCUGGAGAUGCUGCCGGGACUCGAGGGCUUCCAGCUGGAGACGUACGGCCGGUCAGUGUCGUACGCCCAGUUCCUGCUCUCCACUAAUGCUCUGGUGAGGCAGAAGCCAUCGUCAGCCAGUGACCUGACGCUGCAGAUCCCCGUGUCCAGGAGCACGCACAGCAUGGCGGGCCGAGGUUACCCCCCGAGCAGGCUGAACAGCUCCGUGGGCCUGGACCUGGGUCUCGACGAUGUUACUGACUACGACCCUAACCUCCUCAGCGACCACCAGUGGCCUUGUGGGAAACACAAGCGGGUGCUGAUCUUUGCCUCCUACAUGACCACAGUUAUCGAAUAUGUGAAACCGUCUGACCUGAAGAAAGACAUGAACGAGACCUUCAAGGAGAAGUUUCCUCACAUUAAACUCACUCUCAGUAAAAUACGCAGUCUGAAGAGGGAGAUGAGAGUCGUGGGGGAGGACUGCGGCCUGCAGCCCGUCACCAUCGCCAUGGCGUUUGUCUACUUUGAGAAGCUGGUGCUGCAGGGUCGACUCAAUAAGCAGAACAGGAAGCUGGUGUCAGCUGCCUGCAUCCUCUUGGCUGCUAAGAUCAGCAGUGACCUGAAGAAACAGGAAGUCAAACACCUCAUAGAUAAGCUGGAGGAGCGUUUCAGGAUCAGCAGGAGGGAGCUGAUCUUUUUUGAGUUCACCAUCCUGGUCGCCCUGGAGAUGGCGCUGUACCUCCCUGAGAGCAAGGUGCUGCCACAUUACCGACGCCUGGUGCAGCAGCAGCAGUUGUAGCAGUGCCUGGCUCAUGAGCACUGCAGCACACCGGCCCCUCCCUUUUCAUGUCCACACUGUCACAGACGGAUCCUCACGAUGCCUGGCUCAAAGGCUCUGAGGAAGCCCUCUCUGCUCGCGACGAGGACGCUGCGGUCGGACAGCAGGUCUGGUGAUGCCUGGCUCAGCGGUCAGUAGAGCAGUUUUCUCUCGUCCUUCAGAAACCAAACUGACGACACACUGUGAGCGUGAACUUCACCACACGUGGAUUUCAUGGUUUGUCCUUUCUUUGAUGUUUCAGAACCAACUUCAGCUGCACAGAUUUUAGUCCAGGAAGCUCAACAUGACAGUUGUAAAAUCGGACUUUAAACAAAACUAAUACUGAAACUGUUUUAGUUCCGUUCGUUAAUCUUAACUUCAGAUUAUCCUCAGAACACUUUUAUUAAAGAAGCAUGAAGUCACUUCACAGUGAAUAACGACUGUGACGAACACAACAGCUCUGAUCAAAUUAGAUUGAAUGUGACUCACAUGUUGCAAUAACGUUUUAUGCAAUGUCUUUUCACUUCGUCACUGCAGCGGAGGAAAAUCCAGUUAAGAUCAAAGUGUGUUGCAGUAAUUCGCUUCUCAGAAGAAAACGGAGAAAAAACGUAAACUUUACAUCAAACUAAAUCUGUCUCACAUGUCUCUGCUGAGGCUCGUUCCUCUCGUUUCUGCAGCUCUAUGCUUUCACUCUAACUCUCGUAUCUUCGGCUCUGUGCUUGCCACCCUCGUAUCUUCGGCUCUGUGCUUUCACUCUAACUCUCUUUUCUUCGGCUCUGUGCUUUCACUCUAACUCUCUUAUCUUCAGCUCUGUGCUUUCACUCUAACUCUCGUAUCUUCAGCUCUGUGCUUUCACUCUAACUCUUCUUCGGCUCUGUGCUUGCACUCGUUCCUCCCGUAUCUUCAGCUCUGUGCUUGCACUCGUUCCUCCCGUAUCUUCCGCUCUGUGCUUGCACUCGUUCCUCCCGUAUCUUCCGCUCUGUGCUUGCACUCGUUCCUCUCGUAUCUUCCGCUCUGUGCUUGCACUCGUUCCUCCCGUAUCUUCCGCUCUGUGCUUUCACUCUAACUCUCGUAUCUUCAGCUCUGUGCUUUCACUUGUUCCUCUCGUAUCUUCGGCUCUGUGCUUGCACUAGCUCCCGUCUC